AUGAUCGAAUCGAAGCACGGCAGUCGGGAAGCGGCGUUCACCUACGCCAUCACGGCGGCGGGGGUGGCCCACGCCAUCACGGCGGCGUGCAGCCAGGGCAACCUGAGCCAGUGCGGCUGUGACCGGGAGAAGCAGGGCUUUUACAACCAGGAGGAAGGCUGGAAGUGGGGAGGCUGCUCGGCGGACAUCAAGUACGGCAUCGAGUUCUCCCGCCGCUUCGUGGAUGCCCGGGAGAUUAAAAAGACUCCCCGGCGCCUGAUGAACUUGCACAACAAUGCGGCGGGGAGAAAGGUACUAGAAGACAGAAUGAAGCAGGAGUGCAAGUGCCACGGCGUCUCGGGCUCCUGCACCACCAAGACCUGCUGGACGACCCUCCCCAAGUUCCGAGAGAUCGGCUACGUGCUCAAGGACAAGUACAACGAAGCCGUGCACGUGGAGGUGGUGCGGGCCAGCCGCCUGCGCCAGCCCACCCACCUCAAGGUGAAGCAGACUCAGGGCUACCGCAAGCCCAUGGAGGCGGACCUGGUCUACAUCGAGAGGUCGCCCAACUACUGCGAGGAGGACACAGCCACGGGGAGCGUGGGCACCCAGGGGCGCCUGUGCAACCGCACCUCGCCGCACACGGACGGCUGCGACCUGAUGUGCUGCGGGCGGGGCUACAACACGCACCAGUACACCAAAGUGUGGCAGUGCAACUGCAAGUUCCAGUGGUGCUGCUUCGUCAAGUGCAACACGUGCAGCGAGCGGACGGAGGUGUUUACCUGCAAAUAAGGAACCCGCGGGCAGAGAGUGAGGCUCCAGGGGGGGACUAUUUGAAUGAAGAAAGGCUCGAGCAGGACAGGCGGGGGGGGGG